CAAAGCUGAGCAUGUGCAUGUUUGGGGGAGAGCACUAAGGCAGAGAGACCUUCGUCUAUCUGUUCGUACCUCUUUCCUUAUGUCUCUUAGAGGCCGGCUUUGGUGAGCUAAAUCUGAAGAUUCAGGCACAAACACAGUUUGCCCUCCGAGGACCUUGCUCUGGAGUGUCCUGCAACUGCUUCGUAAUUUUUGGCAAUUUGUACCCAGAAGCAACAGGUGUUCUUUUUCGUUCCUUCCUAUAUGUGAAGGAUUAAAGAGGACCAAAUUUAACCGUAUGGACUAAAUGGAUUCAGUUGAUGUGACUCCUGGAGAGCGGGUGUUGACUUCAAAUUCAUGUUCUGGCAUUUUGCUGUCAGCAUGUGAGAAGUGAACCAGAAGACAACCAGCAAACUCAUAAAUUCAAACAGGAUUUUCUUUACCAGUGCCAUAAGCUUUCCCUCAGAACAGGGAGAUAUGUCGAGGCCUCCUUCUUCCCAGACCACUCCUCAGUUCUACAGGGUCAGCGAGAGAGACCUCACAGAGAUCGAGCUGCAUUCCGUCGACUCCAUCAACGACCUCCACCGAACACACCCCGAGCACAGCCACAAAGGGAUGAGGCCUCCUCGCCCCGCGUACACACCCUCCCCAAAUGGGAAUCUAUUCACACAUGAUGGAACAGCUGUCAGUCGAAGAGGGCACCCACCAAGCAGCAAAUGGCAGAGACGUCUUCAGGACAUGUUGACGCCGAGUUCAUCAAGAGCUUACGCAAUGGGCUGUGCCAUUGUCACCCUGCUUCUGCUCACAGUGUUGCUCAUCUUCUACUUCUUAGUUCAGCAGGGCAGCGCAAUCACGAUGCUGAUUGAGGCCGUGAGGGAAAAGGAGGCUGCAGCCAACAAGCUGAUGCUGCUGAUCCAGGAGCUGCAGGAGCUGAGGCGAAACAUGACAGCCAUGAGGAUAACAUGAACAACACGUGUACUCACACAAGCUUGUUUUAUAGAGGAUGUGACAUACUUUUAAUAUGUAAAGUAUAAAACUUUGUUUCAUGUAGGUUUUAGUCUUUUGUCUUUAAAUACCACCUGUGCUGUGAGUUGAAAUGUAAUAAUUACAUUACAUUGUUUAUCUUUUCAUGUACAUUAAAAUUGCAUAAAUGAAACAAAACUCAUUUUCUCUUGCAUAAAAGGGAAUUUAUUUAAAAAGUAUCUUCUUUCAGAUGUAGGAGGUCAUUGAGGCGGGAGGAGCACCUGGGGCAGUUGCCUAAGGUACAAUCUCUAACUUUUGGGUGUACUUGCUGGAGGUCUGCAAGCAGACCACAUUAUAUGCAUCUUCACUUGGUCCACUGAACCGCCUCCUCAGCAGUUGGCCAUGUUGCUCUUGGUGCUUAAUCUUCUAUAUUAUUUUAUACAUAUUUAAAAAUUGUCCUAAUCUCAAAAAAAUCCUUCAUUGUAGUACAUGUAGCUAAAAAUAAACCUGAUGCCAUUCUUAUACAAAUUAGAUUUCUACUGUUUUCUUCUUCUUUUAAAUUAAUACUUUUAUCCUGGUCAGAUCAGAUGCUGUGAGGUGUUUAAUAGUAUAACAAUGUCAAGUCACGUCCCCACUUUGGAAAAUCUUUUCAAACCUACCAACUGUUGCAAUGUCUGCCUUAAAAGGAGUAUCACACGUUAAACUUUCAAACUACAAUGUAUAAUAAAAAUGUGGUGACCUGUUAGGAAGUAAAGUAAAACCUGUGAGUGUAAAUAAAGUCCUAAUUUUGAAAAACUG